UGGCGUUUCAAGCCUGGAGUUAGUAGAUACGUCAGUGUGGUAGAAAUGCCUCAUGCUCGCAGGACGCUGUGAUACUGUAGGGGAGACUGUUGCCCUGGGAGUUCCUUCUGUUCGAGUUCGAGGAUCAGGUCCUGAUGUGCAACCAGGGCACCACGUGCGAAAAAUAGAUGAAACACAUGGAGUACGCCAGCAUGAACACAAGAGGGUAUAUUCUUAGUCUUGCCACACACAGACUGUUAUUAUUCUUAGAUGAAACACGGUAGGACAAGCAACGUUCCAAAAGGGAAUGUGUAGAGGUUCUUUGAGCCGAACAAAAGACUAACCAAGAAGGCAACUGUUGACCGUCUCUCUGCAAAAAGACUGAAAGGAAAAAGGUGAGAAAAUUUAAGGUGAAGACUGCAUUGUAAGACUGGGGACUGGGGUCUGGGAAUAAAGCCAGCCUCGUGGCAGAACCCAACCACUCCUAUUUUAGGAAGGUGGAUGGUCAUUCACACCCGGAUUAGGAUAAGUAAAACGCUUGGCAGAGGGCUCGAGGGUUCUUCUAGAAGGAUUAUCGAACUCGCUUUCUGCGGGAUUAGGAGGAAAGCGAAGAGGAAAUGGAAGGAAUGGAUCCCUG